UCCCCGCAGUCUAAUCCACACAGUGAAGAUGCACAGCAGCGGUGAAAUGUGUCGAAUCAACAUCGGCUAACUACUUCUCUAGGCUGUGAUUGACAAAACCCCGCUAACACUUUGUUCCUCUAGCCUCUACAGACCGUGUUUAUUCCUAAAACCGUCGGGUACACAUUUAACCCACACCGGGACUUCGCAGACGUUACGUCGGGACAAUGGAAUCUCACGUCCUCCCGGACAGUAUCCGCCCUCAGCGGCUGCAGCCAGGCAUCGGAUUCGGCUCAGGACCGACCGGGACGCUCCGCUCCUCUCUCCGGCCCGGGGUGACGGUCCCCAUCGCGCCGCUGCUGCCCUCCCCGGCCUCUCUGUCCGCCUCGUCCGGGCCUCCUCCGCCGCCUCCUCCGCUGCAGCUCCACAGCCUGUACGGCGGGCUGGGAGCGGGGCCGUGGCCGGGGGCAGGGCACUGUAACCCGGGGAACCCGGCGGUGCUGAAGGAGGCGGUGGAGGCUGUGGUCCGGAGCUUCGCUAAACACACUCAGGGCUACGGCAGAGUAAACGUGGUGGAAGCUCUGCAAGAGUUCUGGCAGAUGAAGCUGACCAGAGGCGCCGACCUGAGAAACGGAGCUCUAGUUGUUUAUGAAAUGGUCCCAUCCAGCAACCCUCCUUAUGUCUGCUACGUCAGCCUUCCCGGAGGCAGCUGCUUCGGGAGUUUCCAGUUCUGUCCCACCAAAGCCGAGGCACGACGCAGCGCUGCCAAGAUCGCCCUGAUGAACUCUGUUUUCAAUGAACAUCCCUCCCGCCGCAUCACAGACGACUUCAUAGAGAAGAGCGUCAGUGAGGCGCUAGCCUCCUUCAAUGGAAACAGAGAAGAGGCUGACAACCCUAACACAGGAAUUGGAGCAUUUCGCUUCAUGCUCGAGUCCAACAAAGGAAAAUCCAUGCUGGAGUUUCAGGAGCUGAUGACCGUGUUCCAGCUGCUGCACUGGAAUGGAAGUCUGAAAGCCAUGAGAGAACGACAGUGUUCCCGACAGGAAGUGCUGGCUCACUACUCCAACCGGGCUCUGGAUGAUGACAUGCGCACUCAGAUGGCAGCCGACUGGGUGAACCGGGAGCAGAGUGUGGCGAGCACUAUCGCACAGGAGGUGGCGUCGACGGAGCGAGAACUGGAGGACGCGAGGCUGGCGGGAAGAGAACUGCGUUUUUACAAAGAGAAGAAGGACAUCCUGAUGAUUGCUGUGGGCCAACUCAACGCAGCCAACACUGCCACGCUGCCCUCGCACUAAACCUGCCUCCAUCGUGGAAAAACAUGCCUUCACUCUCCCGGUAAUAGUACUGAUUACAUCAUACAUGUAAAGGUGCUUCAUCUGAAAGGGUUUGUAUCUUGUGUUUUGAAUACCAUGAGGACCAGGUAAUCAGGCCUUGAUUUACAGUAUGCACAACCGUCCAUAAAACCAACCCUUGCCGUUAUAGCCGUUGCCUCUUUGUGCCUAGUGAUUACAGGAUAACAGUGCUUUAAAAAAGAUACCUGUAAACUUGCUGGGCUUUUUCAACUGACUUGGGGUUAACAUGUUUUUUAUUAUUUCAUACUUUAUUUGAGUCAAAGUAGACGAAACACACCCUGCCUUUCAUCACUGAAUGUACGGGACGUAAGUUUAUAUACCACCAAACCAAACCUUUUUUUUUUAAGGUUUGGAUCAUUCUUAAUCUUUUUGAUUUCCUUUAUUUGGCUAUGUUUACUCUGAUAGUAUUUUGGACACCAGCAAGUGAAGAUAAAAACAUUUAUGGUUCCUUAAAUCUAAAUGGCAAGUACCCUGUGUACAUAAAUAAUCAACAUAUUUUUUAAACACACAAAAACCGCAAGGGGAUAAAAGAUUCCAACUAACUAUCGGUAUCGUCAGAUAGAGGCUUUAAAAUGAAAUAUAGGAAUCAGCCAGGAGUAAACAUUUCCUCGGAAACAAAAAUGCUUAUAUGUUACAUAACAAAAAUAUGACUUGUUUUACAUGUUGCCUUAGUUAAAGUAGUUUUUCUUAUUAUGCUUAGUCAAUGUUCACAUUUCUUCAAAAUGUCUGCAUAUGCCAGAAGGCCAUCGGGACAACAGUAGGCAUAAUGAUAUGUAAAUAAUUCCACUACAGGAGAGGCUUUAUGUUUCCUGCAAUAUGAUGGAUAAAAAAUACGUGCAUAUCGGUUUCCACAUUGGCAAUCGGCCACAUGUGGAAACAGAAUAUGGUUACAGAAUAUCGGUAUAUCAAAUAUCUGCAAAUACCAUAUCGUACAUCCCUAAACCCUCGAUAAUGGUUACAAGAAUGUGUUCUGCCUGUUGUAAUGAAAAGAAAGUGUAUAUAUGUGGCAAUUGAAAUGAAUUCAAGACAGCAUUGAAGCACACUCAUAUAAGAAUGUGUAGGUUCUUUGUUUAAAUAUCAGCAUUUGACUGAUUGCUCAGGUUUUUGAAAAAGAAAUCAGAUAAUGAACCGUCACUAUGUAUUUCUUUUUUAUUGGUGGGCUUCUUACUAUUUUAGUGUUCAUUGUGUGCUUGGUGACCAUGACAGUAGCUGAAUGUAUAUUUUCAGUGUGCUAUCAACUAAGGAUCUGCAAAGCAAUGCUGUUUAACAUUUAGACGACUGAAUUGUUAUUGUGAUGCAGGAUGGGUUUGUCAUGUGCUUCAUUUAGAGAACAGAGUUUAGUAGACUCAAAUGUAGGUCAUGAUCUCAUUGAGUCAAAGAACAGUGUUGAUUGGAGUCUAAAUGUGAAGGCCAAAAAAACAAAUUGAGGGAUCUUUUGUGAUUGAACAAGCAGUUUGUUUGUUAGCAGUGCUAGUGUAUGUCAAUGGGCUAAACAGUGUAUAUGAGUCGCACUUAUCAAAUGUUUUCAUGUUGAAGGACCUAAUUUAGUUCAUGCUGAAUAUGUGAUAUCUUCAUAUUUCUCCAUGUAUCUAAAAUGUAUUGAAUACAUAAUACGGAUAAAGUCAUGUUGGUGGGUAGCCUUUUAAAGACCCCAUGUAAUGGAAGUGAGAGUUUAAUGGAUAAUGUGUUGCUCUUGUUGGAUGUAGUGUGGGCAGUGAGUUAUGCAAGUUAAACAGCAGGAGCGCUCAUUCUCACUGCUAAAUGCUGGAUUAUCAACAGCAGAAACUGAUUACACUACAUGUGGGGAGUCUGCAAAUAAAAAACAAAGAAGCAGAGAUGGAGUAUGAUUAAAGCCAGAUUUAAUUGUAUUACUUCACUCUUUUCCCUGAAUCAUUGUGCCUUUUUUAAAUUGGUUACACAUGUAAACAACCUAAACAUUUCAUUUCCUUUAAUGUGGUCUUUAAAGGAGGCUUUACUCUGUUUAAAAUGUUUUUGUUAUUUCAUGUAAAGGUAAAUAUUACAUGCUAUAUUAUUGUUACUUAUAGAAGAUGUUUGGCAUUUUGAGAAAUGUGCUUAUUCUCUUUCUGAAAUAGAGUUACUAAUCUCUUAUUAGUCCAUUUUAAAUGUAAGGCUUCAGCUUAGCUUAAAGGCUGAUUAUCUGAAUUGUUACAGUAGAGACGUGAAUCUUGCCACCUGAAGAUGAAUAAGCACAUUUCUCAAAAUGUUGAAAUAUUAAAAUGUUACAUGACAUAAGUUUAUGAAGGAUUUAUUAAAUCUUGUUACCUUUGGUAUACAUUUAUAAUCAUUAUAUAUUGUUUGUUUGGUACUCAGCUUGCAAAAUAUGUGUGCAGCACAACCAGGAAGAUAUUUCUGAGUAAGUUUUGUCUCUGCAGCAAUCUUCAGUCAAUACUGAAAAGUCAAAAUAGACAUUUGAACUGAAACAAUGAACACUUAAACCUCACAACUCUGCAGCUCGAACCCUGCAAAUCUUACAUUUUUCUUUCACUUUGGUUUUCUCCUGCUUCCAGAACCUCAUCUGCAGAGAUGAACUAUUUGAAUGAUCUUUUUACAGGAAUGAGGCUCGAGAUCUUAAAUUGUGUGUUUAUUUUUUAUUUUUCUUGUUACUUUGAUGCGUGUGUGUGAUUUUUGACUACAAGCCAUUCAUGUUCGAGCUCUCUUCUUAAAAAUGCCUUUUAUCUUUCUUUGUGAUCAUUAUCAAUGAAGGCUUUUUUAAACAAUAUAUUUUUUUGAUAUCCAUUUUAUAAAAGAACGUGGGCUUUUUAUCUUUUAUGCAUGUUGUGUUGAUUAAGUUUGUUUUUAAUGUUUCGUAUUCCAUACAGUAUUGUUUUAUGAUAGUGUUUCUGAAGGCUCUUAUUGUAUGUAUUUUCUAUGAAUAUUUUGUAUUCCAUGUUUAUACUUUUAUUAGAUUUAUAUAAUGUAAUAA